UCUUAUUUUCUUCCCUUCUCGUUGGUCCGCCGUCUGGGGAACGAACCCUCGACGCCCGAGCCGCGCGACCAUGCCGGCUCGUCGGUCGUCGUCGUCGAGGAGCAGAGGCCAACAAGCUUCGCCCCCCUGGCCCAGUCUUCCACGAUUGUAUCGACCAGGAACGCGUAUACCAGUAAACUUCAGAGGGAAGUAUCUGGAGCCAGUUCAAAAGGAGAUUCUUACCCAUCUCACGGUAGCCUUCGGCCGUCUGCAGACCCUUUCCAAAAAAGAGAAAGGUACAGGUGCAGUAUAUAAGCUUCAGGAUACAGAGAGACGAAACAGACCUACUUCAGAGCUGUGUGAUAAGUGGUGGCUCUUGCACAGUAGUCUCUGUUGUCUGUUCUGUUCUACCAGGGGAGAAACCAUGGCUGUAGUGGAGUUGAAGGUUGGGAUGCACUGCGACAGGUGCAUCAAGUCGAUUAAGAAGGCGAUCAAAACGAUCGAUGAUAUGGAGAGUUACCAACUUGAGAAGGAGACAAACAAGGUCACUGUGACAGGAAAUAUUACUCCAGAGGAAGUGGUCAAGGCUUUGCAGAAGAUUGGGAAGACAGUAACUUACUGGGGCGAAGACUAAAGCACACAUAGGUAGCUAGUUAGUUUUGGUUCAAGUCCUUACCAUGGAUAUCAGGACCUAAUUACACUUCACAUCUAGUAAGUACAGAAAGAUUAUAGAACUGUCUGCUACUCUGCUCCUGGCUCUCCCUGAGUAGUUUCUUUGCUGAUAGCUAUAUGGGCCUAUGGUGUCGUCCCGUUGGAUUAACUCACUUGACUGCAAAACUUUUAGAGGAUGAACCCAACCUUCGGAUUUUUUUACAGGGCAUAUGUAAUGAAGUAUGAUACAGUAUCUGUCUGGAUUCAUAACAUAAUUACUACAUAAGGUAAUUAUGUGUAGUAGCACUAUCUGUUCACCAUUUUCAGAUAAUACAUCGAUGCUGUCAUUUGUUGGGAC